GUCCCUCCCAGACCCUGUAAAUGGCCCCCAAGCUCCUGCCCCUGUCUCUAGUUCCUCCUCCAGGUUCCUCUUGGCAUCUCUAGACAUCCCCAGUUUCCUUGUGCGAGUGCCCCAGGUCCCCUCCAAGCCCCCAUCAUCCUGGAGACAGCCACAUUCUCCUAAAGGCCACCGCCCCCAAGUCUCGGAGGGCCUGGGGUAAGCGGCAAGAUGGCGGCAGGCGUGGCCACGUGGCUGCCUUUUGCACGGGCUGCUGCAGUGGGCUGGCUGCCCCUGGCCCAGCAGCCGCUGCCCCCAGCACCAGGGGUGAAGGCAUGUCGAGGAGAUGAGGUUCUGGUGGUGAACGUGAGCGGAAGGCGCUUUGAGACCUGGAAGAACACACUGGACCGCUACCCAGACACCCUACUGGGCAGUUCAGAGAAGGAAUUCUUCUACAAUGCUGAUUCUGGCGAGUACUUCUUCGAUCGCGACCCGGACAUGUUCCGACAUGUGCUGAACUUCUACCGCACUGGCCGUCUGCACUGCCCGCGGCAGGAGUGCAUCCAGGCCUUCGAUGAAGAACUGGCCUUUUAUGGCCUGGUACCUGAGCUUGUUGGUGACUGCUGCCUGGAAGAGUACCGGGACCGCAAGAAGGAGAAUGCAGAGCGCCUGGCGGAAGAUGAGGAAGCUGAGCAGGCCGCGGACGGGCCAGCCUUGCGGGCUGGCAGCUCCCUUCGCCAGAGGCUUUGGCGGGCCUUCGAGAACCCACAUACGAGCACUGCAGCCCUCGUCUUCUACUACGUGACCGGCUUUUUCAUCGCCGUGUCAGUCAUCGCCAACGUGGUCGAGACCAUCCCGUGCCGCAGCCCCGCGCGACGGCCUUCGAGGGAGCAGCCCUGUGGCGAACGCUUCCCACUGGCCUUUUUCUGCAUGGACACGGCCUGUGUGCUCAUAUUCACGGGUGAAUAUCUCCUGCGGCUGUUUGCUGCCCCCAGCCGCUGCCGCUUCCUGCGGAGUGUAAUGAGCCUCAUUGAUGUGGUGGCCAUCCUGCCAUACUACAUCGGGCUCUUUGUGCCCAAGAACGAGGAUGUCUCUGGCGCCUUUGUCACCCUUCGUGUGUUCCGGGUGUUCCGCAUCUUCAAGUUCUCCCGGCACUCACAGGGCUUGCGAAUUCUGGGCUACACACUCAAGAGCUGCGCCUCUGAGCUGGGCUUUCUCCUCUUUUCCCUUACCAUGGCCAUCAUCAUCUUUGCCACUGUCAUGUUUUAUGCUGAGAAGGGCACAAACAAGACCAACUUUACUAGCAUCCCCGCAGCCUUCUGGUAUACCAUUGUCACCAUGACCACACUUGGAUAUGGAGACAUGGUGCCCAGCACCAUUGCUGGCAAGAUUUUCGGAUCCAUCUGCUCACUCAGUGGUGUCUUGGUCAUUGCCCUGCCUGUGCCAGUCAUUGUUUCCAACUUCAGCCGCAUCUACCACCAGAACCAGCGUGCUGACAAGCGCCGAGCACAGCAGAAGGUGCGUUCAGCAAGGAUCCGGUUGGCAAAGAGUGGUACCACCAACGCCUUCCUGCAGUACAAGCAGAACGGGGGCCUUGAGGACAAUGGCAGUGGGGAGGAACAGGCAGUGUGUGUCAGGAACCGUUCUGCUUUUGAACAACAACAUCACCACUUGCUGCAUUGUCUAGAGAAGACAACGUGUCAUGAGUUCACAGACGAGUUAACCUUCAAUGAAGCCCUGGGUGCCGUCUCACUGGGUGGCUGUACCAGCCGCAGCACCUCUGUGUCCUCCCAGCCUGUAGGUCCUGGAAGCCUGCUAUCCUCUUGCUGCCCCCGCAGGGCAAAGCGCCGUGCCAUUCGCCUUGCCAACUCCACUGCCUCGGUAAGCCGUGGCAGCAUGCAGGAGUUGGACACUCUGGCAGGGCUGCGGAGGAGUCCUGCCUCUCAGAGCCGCUCAAGCCUCAAUGCCAAGCCCCAUGACAGCAUUGACUUGAACUGCGACAGUCGGGACUUCGUGGCUGCCAUCAUCAGUAUCCCUACCCCUCCUGCCAACACUCCAGAUGAGAGCCAACCUUCUUCUCCUGGUGGUGGUGGUGGUGGUGGGGCCAGCAGCAACCUUAGGAACUCCAGCCUGGGUACCCCUUGCCUCCUCCCUGAGACUGUCAAGAUCUCUUCCUUGUGAGGGGUGGGCCUGCCCAUCCAGAGGGCCCUCUUGAUUCUUGGGGACUCCUUUCCAAAGCCAUAUUUUGGGGAGACAGACAGGGGCAGGCUUGGGGACCUCGUCUUCCCCCAACUGAGAACUAUGCAAUGGAGUUUCAUGGAAUAGCCUACUUUGUGGGGAUAUAGUCAGGGAAUGGGACAUUCCCCACACCCAUUUUCCUGGUGGGAGCUGAAUCAUUGAGCUUCCUCAGGCCCUGGCCUCCUUGCCUCAGCAUAGUGGGACCAGACCCUCUCCCUGAGUUGGCCUCCUGCAUGCUCCUUCCCUUGGGCCCUCAGGCUCCCAGGCUCCCACCUGACAUCUGAGCUCUGGCCUGAGAAGAAGAGGUGAGACUUCCUCUUCUCUUUAUCAGGACUGUGGAGGUUUGGGGGUUCAAGGAUUAGAACCAUUACCUCUGAUCUGGCCCCUCAGAGAGGUCCCCACCCUUCACCAGGCCAACAGCGCCCAAAUUCCAAGCUUGGAAUGCUGCCACAGGCUUCAAGGGCUGUGGCCUCAGCAGUGACCUUCCACCCCCAGGCUGUGGCUCAAGAGUGAGGCUGCCUCUCCCAACACACACAAAUAGCACAAACAUUACCCCUCUUCCCUAGCUGCUGGGAAUGGGUCCUCGCAACCCCAUCCUCUACUGGGCCCCCAGCAAACUCUAGCAAUAGCAUCUGCUGCCAUGACAUUAUGCAAAGCCUCUGCCCAGUUUGCUGCAGCAUUUACAUCUGCCCUAAUCACAGGGGCCACCUCUAAUACUCCUCCUCUCUCCUCUGGUGUGCUUCCUUCCUGGGUUGGGCUGGAGUCUGGACUGACUGAGAUAAGCACCUGGCAACCAGCAAGGGCUGGGCUGGGUUUGGAGAUCACGAGCUGAUUCCCUGUUCUUGGGCAGGAGUCCAGAAGCCUCAGGGGCUGAGGCCUGCGUUGUUAUUGAACUCUGGGAGUUGUAGGAGGCAGGAAAAACUUCUUUAUCUUCUCCUCCCCCACAACAUCUGUUCCUGUAUUCCUCUCUCUUCUCCUUCUUGGGUCACCUUCUGGAACUCUGUUUUUGCACUCAGGCUGAUAUCUGGCAUCAUCUCAGGUUCCCUGUCCCCAGCACUGUCCCUGUGGAACUGGUGGCUGACAAAGAUGUAGUUUCCAUCAGUCAA